CGAUUACCGUUUCUCAUUGGUCUCAAAUUCCCAAAGCCUAGGCUAAUUAUUGGAAGGUUCCUGUUGAUAAAGUACAGCUCAUCCUUCCCUCCACAUCAUGUCCCCUCCUCGCUGGCCACACUCACUGCAUGCUUUUUAAAUUCACACCACCAGCCUCCAGACGUCGUUUCCUUUUGCCUAGGAGAUGAUGGACAGCAGGAUACUGGAUCCACCUCAUGCCCAGUUCGGAGGCUCUCUCGGCGGGAUGGUGGGCUUUCCGUAUCAUCUAAGCCACCAUCAUGUUUACGAAUUAGCCGGUCAUCAACUUCAAUCUGCGGCCGCAGUUCCUUUUUCAAUAGACGGAUUACUUAAUGGUUCCUGCACAGCUUCAGUGGUUAAUUCGAACCCCCUCUUGUCUGGCUGUGGUAUGAAUGGAGAUAACCAGCAGUACAAGUUGACAGAUUCGUGUGACCCAGACAAGGAUAGCCCUGGUUGUAAGAGACGACGAACUCGUACAAAUUUCACUGGUUGGCAACUGGAAGAAUUAGAAAAGGCUUUUAAUGAGAGUCACUAUCCCGACGUGUUCAUGAGGGAAGCACUGGCUCUGAGAUUGGACUUGAUAGAAUCGAGGGUACAGGUAUGGUUCCAAAAUCGUAGAGCUAAGUGGAGGAAAAAAGAAAACACAAAGAAGGGUCCAGGGCGACCAGCUCACAACUCCCACCCAACAACAUGCAGUGGAGAGCCCAUGGACGCGGAGGAGAUCGCCAGGCGAGAGCUGGAGAGGAUGGAGAAGAAGAAGAGGAAGCAGGAGCGAAGACUGUUGAGGUCCCAGAAUAAACUUUUGUCAGGGGACCUAUUUCACACCCCAGGAUCUGACAGUGACAGCGGAGUGUCACAAGUGACAGACAGUGAACAAAAUCCACAUUGUGACUCUGUAGGCCGAAACCAAACCCAAUCGAGCUGUGACCAAACACCACAAACCCUCCAGAACCAAAGACACUUGAACCAAGAUGCUGGUGGAUCCGAGCUGGACUCGUCCGACAGCAGUCAACAGUCAAGCAUGUGCGCCAACAGCAGAGCCUCCACCCUUCAGAAGCUGAACCCAUUCAGCGUAGAAAGCCUUCUAUCCGACUCCAGACCAAGGCGCAAACCGAACAUAGAUGGAUUUUCUGCCUUACCCUCCUCGCGGCCUUUGAUAGGGAAAGGACAUUUCUUACUCUAUCCUAUCACCCAGCCGCUUGGAUUCCUUGUUCAUCAGACUGCUUUGAAGACAACACCAUCAGACUCAGACACUGACAACUCCACACAAAGAACCCUAGUGAAUGACAGCAGCUUAUCUGCCAAUACUGGACAUAAAAACCACAAGGAGUCCAACAAUCUCAACGACGCGACAGCAAUCAAAGUGCAGGUCAACUUUACCGCGAAAAAUACUAGUUCCCCACAGAACAGCCCAGGCCAUGUUACCUUUUCCAGUAGCAACUGUAGUCAGCCUUCAGCCAGUUGUAGUGCAACAUAUUUCCAAGAUGAUGAUGAUUCAAAGUAUCUGCCGUUAGACAAAAAAGAGCAGUCUGUAAAAGACUACCCAGAGAGUUCCGAGUCUGUGACAACCAACUGUCCACCAGAGACAAAGACAGAGACUCAAGAUGUCGGUAUGGAAUAAUAGACCUAUAGGUGAGAAAAAAUAUUGAUAGCGUCACCAACACCUUUCAUUUGCCCAAAGCUCAAUCACGUCUUAGAAUAUAAACUUUCAUUUCAAAGAUGACAUAUAUAGCCUAUUUUCUGAUGAUGAUGGGUUAUAACUGUGUGUGUGUGUUUGCUGCGUGCGUGCGUGCGUGUAUAUGUGCACGUGUGUGUGUGGUGGUGGUGGUGGUAGUAGUACUAGCCCCCUUGUGUAACAAACUGUAAAAAUACAUAAAAAACACAAAAAUCCUC